AUGGCCACAGAAAGCAUGAAGAACAGUGACAGCCUCAGGUAAAUAACUAAUGUAAAACUUCCCGAUAAAAGUAGACUUGUGAGCAUUAUCGGAUCUUCCUCCUUGUUUUCCAUAGGAAGAAAAUGGGGCAGAUGUGAACACACACACACACACACAGGAUUGGUUUGCAUGUAACGUCAAACUAUGGUUUGGUACCAUGGAGACAAACCCUGGGCCUAUGCUUCUGCACUGGCACUUUCCCCUUUUAUCCCUCUUCCCAACCUUUUGCACUUUGCAUAGUUAGUUACUUCCUUGUUUGUGAGAAAUUACAAUUUCCCAUUAACUCAAAACACCAAACUAUGGUUUUGCACUUGCCCUGCAACCCAGGACUGUAAACCAGGGCAAAUCCGUGGUUUGGGAGUAUAUGUGAGUGAGUAAAUGUAUGCACCCUCUGCUCUCAAGGUACAGCUGCAAUAUGAGUAGGGCUGGGCAAUAUCUGAUUUUCAACAUUGUGAUAUAUCAUCACCUAAACAUUGCAAUAUACUGAUAUAUCACGAUGUCUGAAAUAAGGAAUUGAGCUAUGUAGAGGCAUUGGCUGGUAUCACGGCUUUUCCUGCUCCGUGAUUUCUGCUGGUGCCUGCUCUUGUGAUUCGCUGCCCGCUGCAUGAGGCAGGGAAGAGAUGAGCCAGCAGAGAUAACAGGGGCUGCAGGAAUCGAGAGAAGCAUUGGCUGGCUUCACGGUUUUUCGCACGUUGUGAUUUUUGCAUAGCACACGCACACACAUCAUGGUUCACGGUAUAUUGCCAGGUCAAAAAUUAUGAACCAAGAUCAUGAUAUGGACUUCAAACUGGUUUCAGACAAUAUAUUGAUAUAUUGUGGAGCCCUAAAUAAGUGCUUCCAAACAGGCUGCUUCUUGGCUAUUUGAUUGCUAUCCCACACUUUCCAGUGUGAUUAUACUAUCACUUUUCUAGCUGCAAAAAUUGCAAUAAGAAAAGUGACAAAAAUGGCAAUGGAAAGUGUACCAUUAGCUGUCAAUUUCAUCCAACCUCUGUGUUGACAUAUCAGGAUGAAUGCUCAGUAAACAACAGGUCUGGAAGCUCCCCUAGAUUGGGUUAAGAGAAAAAGGAACAUAGGAAGCUACCUGAGUCAGGUUUUAGUGGCUCCUCUGGGUUUUAGACAGGAGAUACUUCAAGCCCUACUUGGAGACACCUGGGACAGAAUCUGGGCCUUCUGUAUGCAAAGCAGAUGCUCUACCACUGGGCUAUGGCCCUUCCUGGUCAUCUCCCUGCCCCCCUCCCCAAAUCCUAGGAACUGUAGUUUUUUGAGAACUUAUAAGCUUCAACAGCACCUUCUCCAGACGACAUUUCCCACAAUUCUUUAAGGUUCUUGUGUAGCUUGCAAGUAAUAAAUCCUCAGUGAAAUCAUAGAAUCAUAGAACUGUAGUGUUGGAAGGGACACUGAGGAUCAUCUAGUCCAACCCCCUGCAAUGCAGGAAUAUGCAGCUGUCCCAUACGGGGAUUGAACCUGCAACCUUGGUGUUAUCAGCACCAUGCUCAAGCCAACUGAGCUAUCCAGUGGGUUUUAGCUUCCAUAUCUUGCUUGAGUAUUGAUCAGAAUGUAUGCCUCCCUAAAAAGACAAUGAAUCUACAUCACGAUCCUAAACAUUGCACGUUAGCCUAAAAAACUAGGGUAAAUGUCGCAUUUUUGACAUAUUGAUGCAUAGUUGGUAUAACUGUUCUAAGCACUCACAGCUGGGCUAUUAGUUCUAAGCAUGCAGGGUUGAAUCCAUUAAUAAUUUCUCAUUGGUUUCAACAGGUCUAAUAAUGAGUCAGUUCUAAUCUUACUCUCUUGACAGUAAAUUGUUUAAACAGGUUUUAAUAUGGUAUUUUUAUAUUUAUAUAACCUGCUCUGGGACUAUUAUUAUUAUUAUUAUUAUUAUUAUUAUAUCCUGCCCAAAGGAUAUGCCAAAGAAGCCCAAGGUGACAAACACACAAGUGAUAAAGCAAUUAAAGCAUCUAAAAACUGUUGCAAUACAGAUGCAGGCUGGGAUAGAUCUCAGUGAUGAAGGGCAGGUAAGAAAUCAAGUGAUUGUUGGUAUGGAGUCUGCAGAACUACAGGCAACUCAGCCUCCCAGGGUUUCCUAGUUGGCCCCCACAGGGUUGUUUCGAAAGUUUGUGUAAUCUGGGAUACCAACUCUUCACAAAAGGGGUGCUUCCUUGUCAAAUGUUUUCAAGUCAAAUGGCCAUUUUGGAAGAACUGCUUCGAUUUCUACAAGAUUCAUUUCAGUCCCAAUUGUGGUGCUCAAAUUAGGCCCUGCCUACUUGUUGCAGCAAAAAGGGACGCGGGUGGCACUGUGGGUUAAACCACAGAGCCUAGGACUUGCCGAUCAGAAGGUUGGUGGUUCGAAUCCCCACGACGGGGUGAGCUCCCGUUGCUCGGUCCCUGCUCCUGCCAACCUAGCAGUUCGAAAGCACCUCAAAGUGCAAGUAGAUAAAUAGGUACUGCUCCGGCGGGAAGGUAAACGGCAUUUCUGUGUGCUGCUCUGGUUCGCCAGAAGCGGCUUAGUCAUGCUGGCCACAUGACCCGGAAGCUGUACGCCGGCUCCCUCGGCCAGUAAAGCGAGAUGAGCGCCGCAACCCCAGAGUUGGUCACGACUGGACCUAAUGGUCAGGGGUCCCUUUACCUUUUUACUUGUUGCAGCCUGACAAACAGAGAUGGCCUUCCUUGACUUCACUCUAGGGUUGUGCUAUUAUUUCUCCCAAUGCUUAUUACGUUUACACCAGCAUUGCUGGCGUAGUGUGCGCACUGCUCCUUGACCAGUGUUGCUGCACAGCAUUUUUUUUAACUUAAUCAAAAAGGCCCGUGUGCUGCCUGUGCAAAUAUUUCAACUUGAGGUUGGCUAUCAGAAAGAGGGCAGUAAAAGAACCUGCAAACAUUUCCAGGCAACCACUUCUGUGAUGACAUUAAUCCAAUUUAAAACACCAUUGAUUUCAAGCCCCUAUCUCUAGUCUGUUUUGCUGUGAUUGGCCCAAUUCUACUGCACAACCCACCCACCCCCGCCACUGCCAGCAAGGAUUUAAUUGCCUUCCCCAAGAGCUUAAUACAUUAUAAAUAUCCCCCCCGAUUCAGGGUCUUUAAGGAUUCUCAAAUUUGAGGGGACAGCUGAAUGUUAAUCCAUGGUUUCUGUUUCACUCCAAAUAUUCAAUUGUUUUCAUACCACUGAUGGGAUGACACAUUUCGUUUUCACAUAACGUGCAUCAGAAAUGACAUCAUUCCUGCUGCUGUUAUUUUUGCAUCAUAAAUAGCUCCAUCCCUUUCACAUUGCUGAUCGCAGUAAACUCCCCCCCUGAAUUUAAUGCAUGUAACGAAAAUGGAUAAAUCAAUAUGUGGGUGGGGGGCAGUGGGGGGAAAUAGCUGACCUUGGGUGAGCACAACCUUUGGAAAGCAUUAGCUAGCUCCUUAGUUUUAUAAAAGAUUGAUAUAACAUUAAAGUGCUUGUUUUAUCUUAUUUAAAUAUUUAGUGGGGGACUACUUAACUAGUUUUAUGGUUUUAUUUGGAAGGCUUUCAAUGAUAAAAGCUUUAGAUCCAUGUGCUGCUCACCCACCUUCUAAACUGACAACCAGAAAACAGGGUAUACAGUGGUACCUUGUGUUAAGUACUUAAUUUGUUCCAGAGGUCCCUUCUUAACCUCAAACUGUUCUUAACCUGAAGCACCACUUUAGCUAAUGGGGCCCCCUGCUGUCACCGCGCAGCCGGAGCAUGAUUUCUGUUCUCAUCCUGAAGCAAAGUUCUUAACCCAAGGUAAUAUUUCUGGGUUAGCGGAGUCUGUAACCUGAAGCGUAUGUAACCUGAAGUGUAUGUAACCCGAGGUACCACUGUAUCUGGAAUUCAGAAUGAAUAGUAGAAAUUGCAAUACAUAAAACAAUGUGAAUGUUUUGUUACUGUCACAAGGUCAGAGAAAGGAUAUGUUUACCUUGGAUGUUUUGUUCUUCUUGGGACCAAACUGCAUAUUGCACCGGACUUCUGUGGGCAUAUCUCCCAGCAUUUUCUUUGUUACUAAAACAGAGGUGUAGUAGUCUGCCACUUUGAAAAGAAUUGUUGUGCUUAACCUACUUGUCUCCUCCUGGAGCAAAGAGUAGCAGGCACGAGGGGGUGUUCAUUCAGAAAAUAUGGCCUGGGGAAAAGGGUCAAAAAUCUCCCCCAGCACAGCUUCUCUGAUCAAACUGACAUGGUUGCCUGUCAUUUAAAAACAACAACAAAUAGUCUAAUUGAGGAUCUCCCCCAUAGCAUGGUUUAGUCCUUGGUCACAGACUGAAAUAGAAGCUGGCCACAGAGGUUGGAAUUCAUGGGACACAGAUGUUGGAGCAAGGGGGAGGAAUUGGGAUCUGUGGAAAGAUCUUUUCUCCCAGCCAAUGGAAGGCCUUCCUCCUGCUUCAGGCCCACAUGCUGUUUUCUAAAUCUUCAGAGGCUCAGUCCUGGAAUUGAUGCAUUGCAUUUUUGUGAUUCAACAGAUCUAUUGAUAGUUCUAUUAGAUCACAGGCAUGUCCAUGACACCCGUCCGUGAAGAAUCUGCACAGGGGUAGUAAGUUUUGGCAGCUGCGAAAAUGCUAGCUGCAAUAAUAAAUUAAUAGCUGCUGUGAGAUAUUAAACCAGAUAUUGGCUCAAGCCCCAAGAUAACAUUUUUUUUAAAAAAACACACGAAUGAAUACCUGACUAGGGAAACCAUGAAUUCUUAUACUAAUCCCACGUCAAACAUGUAAAAGCGUUUCAGUUCUGAAUGAGACUUCAGCUGUCAUUUCUGCACUCGGGUUUGAUUUCAGUGUCAAUUUAUUUAUAUAUCACAUUUUCCACAAAUACAUCUGUGCUAAAAGCAGUUCACAUUAAAAAAAAUAAAUAGUCUGGUACAGUAUAAGAAUGCAAUGUAAUAAAAAGUAUACUAUCACUGUAACAUCACAACAAAAGAAUGAUCAACAAUUAAGAGUUUAUUAACAUACAUCAAAUUUUAAGUAAGCAUAAAGUCAAAUAAAAAUAUCCAGUGGCUUCACAUACAAGAGUAGCCCCAAAGCUGAUGACAUUGGCUCUUUCAAAAAAGCUGAUUUCAAAAGCUGUUGGAAGACCCCCAAACUGUAGGUACUGUAGCUCAGUGGUAGAGCACAUAUACAGUAUUGCAUGCAGGCAGUUUCAAAGUUCAAUGCCCGGGCAGCACCUCCAGUUAAAUGACUUAGCAGGUAAUGAGAGAAACCUGUGUCUGAGAGCCUGGAGAGUUGUUGCCAGUCAGAGCAGCUUAGGUGGAUAACCUCCUAUGCAAAGGAAAAGUCUUCUAUUAAUACUUCACAUUCGGAAGACCUUCAUGCCACUUGAUCUCAGAGACAGAACAAUGGGGGUGUUUUAUAAAUUAAGCAUUCUAAUGUAAGCUGUUGUUGAGAUAUAUUAUAUUUACCCAGAACAAAAUGCAAGCCAAUCUGUUAACCUCUAAAAUUGUUUUGGGAGGUAGUGCAGUAGUUGUUUUGAUGUUUUUCAUAAUUUUGUUUGUAUUCUAGUAGCUCGUUGCUGUGUGUGCUUAAGUGUAGGCUAUUUUCUGCAACUUGACAUUUUAUUGUGGUAUGACAAUUGCUUUGUAAGAGUUACACUGGUAAACAAGCUUCAACUACAAGUCUAAAUAAAUAAAUAAAUAAAUAAAUAAAUAAAUAAAUUUAUAGUGUCCUGUGAAUGUACUAGAAAUGAAGGGCACCAGAUUUCUUCUGCCUUCCCUGGAAUCUAGGGCAGAGAUGAGGAACCUGUGGUCCUCUCUGUAUGUUAUUGGACUCCAAAUGCUGUCAGCCCCAGCCAGCAUGGCCAAUGGUCAGCAAUGAUGAGAGUGUAGUCUGACAUAUAUACACUCAUACCUCUGGUUGCGAAUGUGAUCUGUGCGGGAGGCACGUUCGCAACCUGCAGCGUUCACGGCCUGAAGUGCUGCAUCUGCGCACGCGCGUGACGCAAUUCGGCGCUUCUGCGCAUGACAUCAUUUUGCGCUUCUGCGCAUGCGUGAGUGCCAAAACCCGGAAGUAACCCGUUCUGGUACCUUCUGGGUUCGGCGUGGUCCGCAACCCGAAAACGCGCAACCUACAGCGUUCGAAACCCGAGGUGUGACUCUAAUGCUUUAGCUGGGAUUCCUGUAUUGCAGGGGGUUGGACUAGAUGACCCUUGGGAUCCUUUCCAACUCUACAAUUCUAUGAUUCUAUGAUCUGGAGGCCAAAGGGUCUCCAUGAAUCUCCCCCCCCCGCCGGAUUUCUGAUCCAAAUUGUGGAUAACCAAAUCCUGUCUUCUCCAGGGCAAUUCUAUUUUUCAAACAAUGUUCUGAGGAGUAGAAGUUUAUAUUGCUGUUUUAUUGUUGAUGAUGAAUGUGCAUGCUGACCUACAUAUGCCGGGUAGGGUUGACAUGCUAUGUGAGUUAAGCAUGCAUCUAGGGACUGCCAAGAUUGCUUGCAUUGACAGCAAAUGUUCUGAGUGAUUAUUUAUUUAAAGUAUUUUUAUCAUGCUCUUCAGCUGAAAAGGCUCCCAGAGUGGCUUACAUGAGGUCAAUAAGAAAUACAGCAGCCCCACAAACAAGAUAUACAGUGGUACCUCGGGUUACAUACGCUUCAGGUUACAGACUGUGCUAACCCAGAAAUAGUACCUUGGGUUAAGAACUUUGCUUCAGGAUGAGAACAGAACUCGUGUUCCAGCGGCGCGGCGGCAGCAGGAGGCCCCAUUAGCUAAAGUGGUGCUUCAGGUUAAGAACAGUUUCAGGUUAAGAACGGACCUCCGGAAUGAAUUAAGUACUUAACCGGAGGUACCACUGUAUAGGCAAGAGCAUGGGAAGGCUAGAAACUGCCUUACACUGUGUUAAACCACUGGCUCACGCAGCUCAGUACUGUCUCCACUGGCUUCCAGUAGCUUUCCAGAGUUUGAAUUUGGGGCUUUGAGCAUGCCAGGCAGAUGCUCUCUACUGAGCUAUGGUCCUUCCCCUCUCCUGCUACCAAUGGCUAUUGGCAUUUGGUGCCUCUGAAUCUAGAGGAUGCAUGUAGCCACUUCUAUCACAUAUUGACCAAACUGUAGGUACUUUGUGAUUCAAAUAGUAACUUAAAUCAUCAUGAAAGUCUUCUGCUGCUAUGAGUAUGAAAUUUAAAAAUAGUGGCAUUAAAAGCCAUUAGAGAACUAGGUUUGGAUAUAAAUGACUGAAAUGUAUGCACUGUUUAUUGUAGUACAAAAAAGUUCCAUAAUAGCAGGACAUUGUUUCACAUCUAAAUGUGGUUGCUGAGUCAUUGGCAUUUUCCUGCCAGCACUGCAGAAGCAGCUGCAGUUGUAGGUCUCUUACUGCAGUAGAUGUUUCGUUGCAUUAGUAACCCCCAAUUUAUUUCCUAAUGCUCACAUUUAUUCAGCCCCCGGAUCUUUCCAAUAUGCUUAUUUGCAGACAUGUCCAGUAAUACUUAAGAUACAGUUGCAGAUUAUUGCAGUACAUGGUUGAUCUAAAUAAGUACAAAACCCCCUAGUCAUUAAGAAUUUGGUAACGCCAACAAAAGGUCAUUGGGCUCUUGGUUUUAUGAUAAAGCCCACAAAAUUGCAGAGGACUCCACUCCCACAGUUCUGGGUCGUGAUUCAAGCUAGUGAUUCAAGAUGUUUAAUUUCCACAACAGUGGCCAGCACACUUUAAGUCUUAAAGGAGCAGGUCAUGAAAUGAAUAUCUAUAAAUGAGGGUACCUUUGCAUUUGAAAUAGUUAUUGGGAGGGGUGGGAGAAUUCUUUCAUCCAUCCCUGUUGCAUUUAUGUAUAUUACUUCAGCCCUGGGUAUGUGUACUUCUUGUACUUGGCAUUUUCUCAACAGCAAGAACACACAUACUUUGUUUCAUAUUCUGUUCUUUAUAAACUCUUCUAAGUACUCCAAAAUGUCUGAAUACAAGCAAUAAUUCCUAUGAUAGGCUAUCAAGUAUCUUACUUUUGAACGAAAAUAUUGAUCUGUUUACAAAUUUUCCGAAUUGCUGAGACUUUAAAUAGUUGCCAGCAAGAGGGAUCUAUGGCUGGCUCUUCUGGACCUACUCUGUUAACACUGCAAAAUAAUGCAACAGGGAGAAAAAUCUUUGUAUCCACCACUUGAAGGGCAUGUGUGGUACUCCUGCAUUGUGUAAAGAAAAUCUGAGCUGUCAGCUCUAAAAUCUGCCAGAUAGGGAGGCGGGAACAGAAGCCCCCAUCAGUUCAAGUACUCCCUUUCCCCCACCUAUCCUCUCAAUUCCAUCUCAACCUUAUUAGAGCUAAUAGGUGAGAGGAGAAAGGGGAAUUCACAAGACACUGUGCACAUGAUUCCUCCUUUAAUCAAGGACUUUGCACAGAAAAUCAUGGCAUUCUUAGUAUGGCACAGGAAAUCAGUGGGUGUGCUAAGAAAAGAACCCGUGGUUACUUACUCAUUUUCCUCUGAUUGGGUAGGUUGGUAGUUGGAGAGAUUUGCUGUUCUUUGCUGAACACGGAUCCAAGUGUGGAAUGCUGUCCAUUACAAACAUGAUACUAAACAUAUACAAUGCAGUGUAGAGGUGAUUGAUCUAUUCAGCAGUUUGUUUUAUUUUUGUAACCCAUUUUUUAUUAAUUUGCAUCUUUAAACUGUUUAACAUUGUUGCAUUGAGUUAUCUUUGUUUACAUUAGAGCAUAUGACAUGCAACAAUUGCAUAAAACAAAAACCAAAAAGCACUUGGAAAAACGUUUCUGAAUAUUUUAACAAAGUUGUGGCAGUUGUGUUGAAGUGUACACAGGUGGUAAGCACUUUGCACGUGUCCUGUUGACAUGACUGCCGAUUCAUGGCUCCUUUUGAACCCAGAAGAGAGGAGAACGGAAGCGGAAUGAUGGUUGCCGCCUGUAUACCAAAAAUAUUACAAUUUUUACAGAUAUUAUGUAUAGUAAGGUGUAUUGCUUAGGUGACCAUAAGUAAAAGGUAUUUUGGAUAAGGUUUCCUUAAGUUGUGGGGGAGUAUGGAAGAAUGUUACUUUUGAUUUUUGAAAAGUUACCUUAAGUCCAGAGACAUUAGAAAGGGUCUCCAAUUCUAUACUCAAUAACCUUUCAGCAUUAACUGGGUCUGAUGUGCAUAAAACAGUAUCAUCAGUAUAGUAUCCCAGAAUGUAUUUCCUUGCAUUGUAUUCAGCAGUUUUCUUAGUCCAUUUUACACCCUUAUAAAGACUGCCUAUUAAUUGAUCUGACUGAUAACCACUUUAUAAAGCUUUCUAUAAAGCAUGAGCUUUACAACUGCUUUUAUUCAAGACAACACUCAGAUGCUUGGUCACUUGUGUUCAUGUUAAAUCCCAUGGCAAUUCAUAUGAAUUAGUUUCUUUGUUCCAUUCAGUGACUUGGACAAAUUCCAGCUCAGGAAAUCACAUUCUACUUACUUUAAUUCCCUUGGGGUUUCACUUAGAUUUUAAAAAAAUAGGCUUAAACUAUUAUUUGUGAGAAGGUAAAAACAUCCACAACUUGUUUUUAAUAUUACAAUCUAUUUUUGGGGUGGGGAAGAUUGGCCAUUGAAAUUACUCUUUCUUAGGUCAAAAAGGGAAUGUUAGUAAAAAAAAGUAUUUUUAAGUUUGCAAACAUAGAAAUGAUGUAUCAGUAUUUCAAAUUUUAAAUGUCUUUUUGAAAGACCUAAUUGUAUUUUCAAAAUAAGAUCCUGUAUUUUGGAUUAAGAAUGCCUAACAUUUUUCAAAAGCAAGAUUGAAAAGAUUAUGUAUUUCUUUUGCAGUUAUAUGAAUGGAAUAAAAUUGUGUAUGCCUGCUCAGAAAGAGUGGUUUUAAGUAUGGAGUCAAGUGGUGGGAAUUAAUUAAUGUGAUGUGAACUUUAGCAUGAUAUGCUGCAGUCAAGGUCCUGACCAAGGAUGUGAUUUUUGAAGAGAGUGAAAAUUAAUGUACUGUACGUACCAUUUGCUCCAGUAAGGAUCAGUGCCCCUACCCUUUGACAUGUUUUUAGUUUCAAAAGUGGUAUUGACAGUUCAUAAUUCAUGAUAAUGUGUUUCUAUAUGGGGAUAUAUGCACGAGUGCAAAAAAACAUAUUAAAGUUAACUUAAAAUGGCUCAUAAAGUAUGUACAAAGAUAUUGCUGCCCUUUGUCUGAAUUGUUUCAGAAUUGUGCUCUUUCUAGGGCAGCACUUGCCAAGGAUGCAGGUUGAUACUGGGGCUUACUCAAGAACAUAGGAAACUGCCUUUGAGCCCUCAUACCGAGUCAAAAGACUGGGCCAUCUAGCUUAGUAUUGUCCACACUGACAGGCAGCACCUCUCCAGGAUUUAAGACUAUCCCAGCCCUAUUUGGAGAUGGCCAGGAUUGAACCUGGGCUCUUCUGCACUCAAACAGAUGCUCUGCCCCUCAGUUAUGGCCCUUUCUCAUAUUUACUUCUGAGUAAACGUGCUCAAGGUUUUGAAACUUGCACACUACUCCCACCACCAAAUUAUAUCUGCAAAGAUGUCUAGAUACUGAACUGAAAAAAGAAAUACUGUCCUUUUGUCAGUGGUAGUCCUGGGUAGAGUUGCUAGCAGGGCAAUUUCCAUGUACACCCUCAUGAAAAGAAGGCUUUUUAAAAAUGUUCCUGCUGCAAUUAAGGAGCUCCCUGUGGUGACAGGAGCAUUUGUCAGAGCAGAGGCGGAAGCCACUUUCUGAGAAGAAAGUGGGGUGCCUGCAGUAAGGAGGGUUCUGGAAGGGUAAAGCAUCACCUUUGCAUCCAGGUCUCUGGCUCAACCCUCGCUUGGCAUCUCCCUAGUGGGGUUGAGAGAGACCCCCUGCCUCAAAACGCUGGAGUGCUACUGCCAGCCAGGAUGGGCAACACGGGGCUACACGGACCAAAGGCCUGUGCUCUGUAUGCGGCAGCCCCCUACGUUCCUACCAGCGUCUGCGCGCGCAUUUCCCGCCUUUGUUCAGGGGGGACGAGGGCGUGGGUCCUCUGCGCACGCCGCGCCGCAGGGCGAGCGCUUCGUGAGGAGGUUUCUCGCCACGAUUACUAUUGUUUUUAGUGAAGCGUCUGCGGCUCAGUCUGCAGGGACGGGGCUCUCGCUCUCAUCCUGCGUUUGCCGGCCCUCCCCGCCCCUUCCUUCCACGCCGGCUUGCCCCUCGACCCUCCUCGGCGGCGGCAGCACCCGCCAGCUUUUCCCUCCUCCCUUCCUUCGUCCCUCCCCUGCGGCGGAGAGUAGCCUCGCGCCUCCCUCCGCCGACGGUUGCUGCCCGUCCUCCUCAGGGCAAGUCCCCACCCCUUCCCCAUGUGCGGAACCGGCGUCGCCAGGAGGAGGAGGAGGCGGGCUGAGACAGAGAGGCCUGGCAGGCGUCGCGGCUAACGGUCUUUUUCUAAUCUGGCGGGCGCGAGCGGCGCCGCUUCGAGCUGCCUGUCACGGACGGAGCGGGCCUGGCUGGCGCGGAGGAGGAGGCGGCCGGGCGGCGGGGCAUGUGAGUGAGGCCGGGCGGCGCGCGGGCUGUGCGCCUCGGGGCGAGGGAGGAAGGGGUGGGUCGGGGGUCGGCUGGCUCCUCUCUGCCCCCUCGAGGCGCUCCCUGACCCUCUUUUUGCUCAGGAUGGAGUGGGACCUAGGAUUGUUCUACACGUGUCGUGCUAGGGGGGCGGAAAGCACACACCACACACACGGGUCCCGCGUGGUGCCUUGCAGUCUUGCAGCUUGGUUGUGUCGUGAGCUUUCACGGGCCGCAGACGCGAUGGAUAGUGAAUGUCGAUCGUGUGCCUGCCUGCCUCCCUUUCUGCCUUGUUUAUCCCGUGCAGAGGUGUGAGCAUCCACACACACCUUACAAUCCUCACUUUCCAUGUCUGCUUCGUGCAGCUGACGUUAUUGGCAGUGGACCAAGAAUGCUUCUGCUGCUAUAAGUGUGUCAAACUUCUAGCUUGACACAGGACUUGCUGAGUAUCCCAUUCUUGGUUGGGCAGCAGGACAGGGUGCUGAGCAUAAGGGGCAUCACAGGGCAUCACAACUAUAAGGUAGUGAAUACAGUGGUACCUCGGGUUAAGUACUUAAUUCGUUCCAGAGGUCCGUUCUUAACCUGAAACUGUUCUUAACCUGAAGCACCACUUUAGCUAAUGGGGCCUUCUGCUGCCGCUGCGCUGCCGGAGCACGAUUUCUGUGCGUAUCCUGAAGCAAAGUUCUUAACCCGAGAUACUAUUUCUGGGUUAGCAGAGUCUGUAACCUGAAGCGUCUGUAACCUGAAGCAGAUGUAACCCAAGGUACCACUGUAGAGCACAACGGAAGCUGAGAAGUAGGGUGGUGUCAAAUUUUGGCCUCGCACAGGGCACUGCUGAAAUUUAAAAGACCAGAUUUUGCCCAUGGUGUAUUAUGGUAGUGUAAGGGCCAGUUAAAGUAAUUCUUAAGAAGGAAACUUAAAGAAGACAGUUAUCAUAAUGAUAUAGGUUUUCAUCAACUGACUUUUACUUAGAGUAGUCCCAUUGAAAUUAAUAUAGCUAAAUUAAUCAUGGCUAUUAAUUUCUACUCUACUCGUAGCAAAAGUUAGUUGAAGGCAAUCUGUAACAUAUAACCAUGAUGUACCACUGUUGGAAUACAGCCUUUGUGCUCUGUUUCAAAAGGGUUUUCAUAAAACUGAAGAAGGUACAAAAAUAGCUGCUAAAGUGAUCAAGGGUUAGGGCAUCUUUCCUGCAAAGAAAAACAAACACUUUUGGUGCUUUGGUAAACAGCUGUGGAGUUCAGUGGCUGUAGGCUUCUGAACAUUCAUAAUUUAAGGAGCAGAAUUUGUAACCCCUUUUUGAUAAUAUUAGAGUCAUUCAGUGAAAUUGAUUGAAAAUAGGUUUAUGACAGGUAGAAAGAGAUACUUAUUCACACUGUGCAUAGAAUACUUUAAUUACUACAGCAUGUGAUGAGGGCCGCUACCUUGGAUGGUUUUAGUAGUUCAUAGGUGAUACACCUAUGAACAUAAGAGGCUCUAAUAAGGUUCUAAUAAGAAAGGAUGUCUACCUCUGCUUGGCUUUGUAUUGCUGUUUCCUUUCUCCAUUCAUUCAAAUAAGAUGCCCUCUCCUUUAUUUUUGGUGUAGGACAGCCACAGUGACUGUGCUUCAUGACUAUGUGGGCUGCAGGACGUUUGAGGUGCCUUCUUCAGUGUCUGUGGCAUCCAUAAAAGAGUUAAUUUAUCCAGAGACGGGUUUUCCUGUAGCUGAGCAGUGUCUCUACCACAAGGGAAGAGAGGUAAGCUUCCUUAGUCUUCUGGAAAGCUUCCAGAUACCCUUUUUGAAGUAGUCUUGAAAUGGUUACUUUCCUUCUGAGAAAUACAGGAAAGCAUUAAUUGACAGAUUAGCUAAAUUAUAAAUUGUUGUAUUAGUAAGGAUUAUAUUUCAAUUAUGGUUGAUUCUGAUUUCAGCAUAUAAUUCCCUAAAAACUUGAGCCCAACCUUCCUCCUUGUGUUUCAUAUUAAUAUAUCAUAUUGGCUAGGAACAUAGGAAAAGCUGUUUAGUACUGAAUCAGACCACUGCUCAGUGUUGCUCAAUAUUGUCCACACUGACUAGCAGCAACGCCCCAGGAUUUCAGAUAGGGGACAUUCCCAGCCCUACUUGGGCAUGCUGAGAAUUAAACAUUUGCAUACAUAGCAGAUGCUGUGCCAUUGAGCUAUGAACCUUCCUCACAUAGUCUUAAGAGAUCUGGACAUCAAGUCAUUUGUUAGGGUAGUUUGUGAUGUGCUGGUGGGUCUGGUCUCCUGCUCUUCCAGUGCAAUAAGUAGGUCUUUACAAUGAGCAGGGAAAUGAGUGGAUGGUGUCCAGUGAUGCUGCUUCAUGUGUGCAGUAGAUUUCUGUGUGCCUAAUGGAACCGAUCUCCUGUGCAGCCCUCUGUGCACCCUCAAAAUCUGCUCCAGAAGGCUGGGGUAUCUUCUGGAGCAGACUUGGGUGGGGGUGGGCAUGGGGAGAGAAGAGGAAGAAGACGUCUUCUUGUGUGAGUGUAAUGCUGCUUGCAUAGUGUUAGAUAUAGCCAGAAAACUUGUGAUGGCUGGGGGAGAGUUAUUCAAAUCUUAAGGUGUAUUGAUUGAGGGCCCAGAUUUUUAGAAUUGAUGCUUUGGAGCUGGUGCUUCAUAUUUCAAGAAAGCAUGUCUUUGAAUUUCUUUAAAAGUGUAGAUGAUGUUUACAAUGAUGAGGAUCUGCUCUGAUUCAAAUUAUAUGCAACUGUAUUUCAUAUAAAUAGAUACAAUUAUAUAUUUUAUUGAAGCAACUUACACUGAUGAAGAAGAAAGCUUUUCUUUUUUUAUGUAAUAUGUGGGAAGACAGCCCCAUAGGCCAAAUUAGGACCCUUACUGGGCCCAAUUUGAUCCAGAGGCCAGAAAUUCCCUAUGCCUGAUAAAUAUAUCCUGAUAAAUAUUUAUGGCAGCACAUGUGGUCAUUUGUUGACUGGUUGUCUUCACAGGUUGAAGCAGUUUAUAUACUUUUGAUACAUUGCAUACUCAAGAAUGCACAACAUUAAAAAAAAACCUUUCCCUUUCAGUUAUCAGACUGUGUUGAGGUUGGGGACCUUCAGACUUCUCAGAAUCAUGUAUUUCUAAAUCUUUUGUCAAAGGGCCUAAAAGGAGGAGGUAUAGUAAAUUACAAUAAAUCUUCCCUUUACCCUUGCAUCUCUCAUUUCUCCUCUUUUUUACUAUUUUUCAUCUCUGCAUAUAUUCAUUUUCAAAACAAAUUACAAAAACAGAUUUCUAUCUAAAGGAAAAAAUUGCAGUGUACAUUCCUGUAUGACUCAAUUUAUCUUAUAGUGCGAAUGAUUUAAGACAUACGCUUUUCUUUCAAAUAUUUUCAGCAAUUUUAUCCUUUUCAUCAGUUUAUAGUGUUACAUUCCUAGCCUGUAAUCUAUGAAUUAACAAUCUGCAAUACAAACCUGAAACUAAUAAUUGCAGUAGUGUCCUGAAGAGUAACAAUUAUUUGUCUUUUCUCCCUAAAACAAGUACAUGACAUUUUGCUUCUUCUGCAUUUCUAGGUCGUUUUGGACAAACAACUCCACCGCUUGUUGAUUUCCUUAAAGAUAUUUUAAGAAGAUAUCCAGAAGGAGGACAGAUUCUUAAGGUACAGUGUAACAACAUAUUUUAAAAUAAGGAAUUCAAGGAAAUUAAAGUAAGGAAAACAUUUUAAAGUAAGAAAAACAAUACCUUGCUAUAAAUAUGUUAACGAACAGUGCUUUGCACAUUUUUAAAUAUGGAACUGGGGUACUGAAUAACAUUAUUGGUUCUGUUUUUCCUCCUGGUUUAAUGACAGAAGGAAAUUAGAAACUUCCGUUUGUUAUUUUACAGUACACCAUGAUUCAACUGUUCAUGGGAAACUAUGGUUUGUCCAAACCAUGGGGUUAGUUUUGUGUAUGCGUGCCAACCAAGAUAUUAGACCAUGAUUUAUUGACAGAAGCUGGAGCUUGUAAUGUCUUCCCCUCUUAAGUGAAGAACAGGGUAAGAAGAGUGGGAUACUUGGAAGCCUGAGGCUUGCUUUUGCUUAGGUUCUUAUUGAAAAACCAUUGCUUUUUGUUGUAUUUGAACUGUGCUUAUAGUUUUGUUGACAAGUUUUAUAUUUGUAUAUACAGUGGUACCUCGGGUUACAGACGCUUCAGGUUACAGACUCUGCUAACCCAGAAACAGUACCUCAGGCUAAGAACUUUGCUUCAGGAUGAGAACAGAAAUCAUGUGGCAGCAGCAGCGGGAGGCCCCAUUAGCUAAAGUGGUACCUCAGGUUAAGAACAGUUUCAGGUUAAGAACGGACCUCCAGAAUGAAUUAAGUUCUUCACCCGAGGUACCACUGUAUAUGGUAGUUUAAGGAGGUGUCACUAUAUAGGUUCCACAUAAGAUAAGAAUCUCAGAAUUUGAAAUGCUGAUAAUUUACACAAAAAAUAUAUGUUAACUAUAUAUUGCCUUUAAGUAUGCUUGACCAGCAUGGGAAUAAUGCCUUUAACAAAAAGUAAUUGAAACAUUUGGAACUUGAAUGAGAUAUUAACGCCACCAUCUUCCGCUAUGUUGUAUCUUAGUCUAUAUUGCAUCUAAUCACUCCAUCACAAGCAGAGGUGAACACAGUAGUCGAGUAGGAUAUCUGCUGAUGUUAUUUAAUCCCAUUUGUUAAUUAUUGCAUGUUAUUACAUAGCUCUCGAUAUUUGUUUUGUUUUCAGGAAUUGAUUCAAAAUGCAGAAGAUGCUGGUGCCACAGAAGUUAAGUUUCUAUAUGAUGAGACUCAGUAUGGGACAGAGUCUCUGUGGUCUAAAGACAUGGCACAAUAUCAGGGUAAGUUAUCUUUUCCUUAUCUAAUUUUCUUCCUGAAUUAUUAGUUUUCUUGUGGUGUAGUGAUAUACUGAGGAGCAUAGCUAACUCUAAAACAUUGCAGCUAGGCUUACAUUUAACAUUUGGCUUUCAAAAAGAGCUAUUUGGUUAGUAAUCCAGUUGUAUCAGUUUGUGGCUCAAGAUAAUUGACUCUAGGCUUAAACUACCAUUUAAUCGAUCUGUGCUGUUGCUAGUUAGGUUUAUCAUGAAAAUGAGUUAGAAACAAGUGUUUGGAUCUUUAAAAUAUGUAAGACUAGUCCAGAAUUAUAGAAUCAGUUGGGGUUAAAGUCAGUUUCCGUUUGUAUCCGUAUUCUUUAUAGUACUCAGUAAUUUAAUUAUAAACAUCUAAAUAUCUAUGCUGUUUCCAAAUCAGCCUAUAUUUUUACAUUUACCAUGUCUCCCCCACCCCCUUUAGGUCCUGCACUUUAUGUAUUCAACAAUGCAGUUUUUACCCCCGAAGACUGGCAUGGAAUUCAAGAGAUAGCAAGAAGCAGAAAGAAAGAUGAUCCUCUUAAAGUUGGAAGAUUUGGAAUUGGUUUUAAUUCAGUUUAUCACAUUACAGGUAGUUACAAUGCAUUUUUUAUGCUGCAGAAUUAAUGUUGCAUUUGGGGGGGGGUGAACACCAUCUGUGCAUUCACUUAAGGCUUGCUCCAAGUUUAAAAUUUGUUUAUUCUAAGAUUGAGCUUGUAUAAAGGGAAGAAAAGACUGUCGAAAGUAGUUUCAUUUAAAACAUUUAUUGGGUGCUUUGUAGAAUUUUUGUCUCCUGAGCAUUGGAGGAAGACUGGGGGUUCUGUGGUGUUUAAUUUUCCUCUUUUUAGUAGUGGUUUCUUCUUUUCCUGCUUAAUUUAAUGUAUGUGUUAGAUUGUUGUAUAUGUAAUAAUUGAAGGGAUUUUAAGGUUUUUGUUGUUGUUGUUGUAGACUUGUAAACAAGCUGUUCAUACUUUUUUGCUUCUAUUUUGUAGAUGUUCCUAGUAUAUUCAGUGGUGACCAAAUUGGAAUGCUGGACCCUCAUCAAACACUUUUUGGACCCCAUGAAUCAGGUCAAUGUUGGAAUCUAAAGGAUGACAUCAAAGAAAUUAAUGAGUUGACAGACCAGUUUAAGCCUUUCAUUGGUGUGUUUGGAAGCACUAAGGAAACCUUCAAUACUGGUCAUUUUCCUGGUACAUUCUUUCGUUUCCCUCUUCGCCAGCAGCCUUCCCAGUUAAGUAGCAAUCUGUACAACAAGGAAAAGGUUCUUGAAUUAUUUGAAUCCUUCAGAGCGGAUGCAGAUACAGUACUCCUCUUCCUUAAAAGUGUGCAAGAUGUCUCAUUACACGUUAGGGAAGCUGAUGGGACCGAGCGACUAAUUUUUAGAGUCACUGCCAGUGAGAAUAAAGCUCUGAAGCACGAAAGACCCAACUCUAUCAAGAUUCUGGGAAAUGCAAUAAGCCAAUAUUGUAAAGGUGUUCCGAGUAAUAGUAUAACAUGUGUGACAUACCACAUAAACAUAGUUUUAGAAGAUGAGUGUGUUAAAGAUGCACAGAAGACAUCGUGGUUGGUAUGUAACAGUGUUGGAGGACGAGGAAUAUGCAAUGAAUUGGACUCUUUGGCUGAUGACUUGAAGUAUAUUCCGACUAUUGGCAUAGCAAUGUCUUUAUCAAGUGAUGGAGAGGGAAAAGGAGCUGCAGCGCAGUUUUCAGGAAGAGCGUUUUGUUUUCUUCCAUUACCUCCUGGCGAGGAAAGUAAGACAGGACUUCCAGUCCACGUGAGUGGGUUUUUUGGCCUUACAGAUAACAGAAGAAGUAUCAAAUGGCGAGAGCUUGAUCAAUGGCGAGAUCCAGCAGCCCUGUGGAAUGAGCUGCUUGUGGCCAAUGUGGUCCCCAAAGCCUAUGCAACCCUCGUAUUGGAAGCAAUUAAACGAAUGGAAACAGAAAAGAAUUCAGAUUUCCCACUGUCAGCUGAGAGAAUUUAUAGAUUAUGGCCACAAAAAAACAAAACAAAAGUUCACUGGCAGCCAAUUAUAGAACCUCUUUUGAAUGAAUUGUUCCAGAAUGAAGUUAUUUACUCCAUCACUGAUAACUGGAUAAAGGUUGAGGAGGUAUAUUUUUCAGAAAUGGAUGAGAGUUUGGAAUACACCCAAGCUGUGCUAAACUACCUCCAGGGCUCGGGGAAAGAGGUUGCUAAGGUACCAGACAAUAUUGCUAAUGCAGUUGACCUGAUUGUUUCUAGUACAAAACCUGUGAAAAAAGUGACUCCUGGUACAGUGCGGCAAGUAUUAAGGCAAUCUGGACACAAGGGACCAGCUGAUGAAAAGCUUCAUGUCUUAGAUUUUGUGCUUAGUGAUGGAAACUACAGUGAGCUUAUUGGACUGGAGCUUUUACCAUUACAAAAUGGGAAUUUUAUUUCAUUCUCUUCAUCUACAUCAGAUCAGGAUGCAAUUUACAUAACUUCAGAAAGUUUCCCAAGGUAUAACAUGCAUUUUAUAGCGUAUUUUAUAAUGGUGUAAGUUUUUUAUUUAAAUGUUACUCUUUAUAGUUCACAGAGUAUAACAUAUACAGUUCUGUACAAUGGAGUCACAGAACUGUGCAUGUCUUCCUUUUGUGAGCUGGGAAUGGAGGCUGUGGUUUGGCAUUUGGCCACAUACUCAGAUGCAGCACAUCUUUAUGACCAUAUUCCCAUGCAUGCUUAGUAAGCAUCUUGUAAUGUACUUGCCUACCCACUAGACAAUACUAGAAAAUCAUGAAUGCAUUCCACUUGUCUAUGGCUGGUGGCCAGGGAUUGACUGUGGUAUAUGAGGGAAGAGUUUUAAUUGUCUCCCCCCACCCCAUCCCCAUGCUGCAGUCUCAAUAGUAAUUGCUUCCCCUCUCCAAGAGUUGCUAUUCCUCCUAGGAGAGGUGUGACACAAUGGUGUUUUUUGUGAGGUGUGUGGCCACAGUGGGGCUGUCUUGCUGAAAAAUCUUGGCUGAGGUAUACCGUAAUCAUUUGCUUGGGAUGGAACAUGGAGAGGAUAAGAACUUAUUAUUCACUAAAAAAUUAAUGAAUAAUAUUACUACAUUUACAGUAUUUGUGCCUUUGAAAAAUGACACAAGUUAUAUGGAUGAUCAACACUCUCUUUUUAAUGACAUACUAGGUCCCUCUUCCCAGGUCUUGAAGGAAGAAUACUUGCUGAUGACCUGAAGCCACAAGUUCUGGCUGCUUUGAAAGAUGCUGCCAAAAGCAGAGGUAAAAUAUGUUUAUAGAGCUUAUCAUGUCACAAGUACAGUCCACUAAAAUGCAUACACUGUAAGCUAAUCAGGACACAAAACACUUAAGAAUGGACAUAAGUAAAGACAAAAGGAAUGAAAUACAGUGGAAGCACAGGUUACAGUGGGGAUCCUUUCCGGAGGCCCCGCUGCAACCUGAAAACGGCGCAACCCAAAGCGUCGCCUCUGCGCACACAUGCGGCAUGAUAUAGCACUUCUGAGCGUGUGCGAACGGCGCAAACAGAAGUAACCUGUUCCGGUACUUCCGGGUUUGUUCUGGUCACAAGCCGAGGGUGACGUAAGUUGGAGGCAACGUAACCCGAAGCUCCACUGUAAUUCAAAAGAAAUUUUGAAUGAUCCAUAAUCAUUUUAUGUAUUCAUGAGAGUCAGGUUUAUUACUGAAUCAGAAAAAAUGAAAAUUUAGAAGCAAAUAUCCUUGUUGGAAAAAUGUAUCCAUUGUGUACUACAGUUAGUAUGUGCUGUUGUUCAUGUUGCUCAACACAGAAAAAAAAAUCAUGUGUGAACCAUUCUUCAGAUUUAAAACUUGCUGGGAAGAACUGGCUCACUUUAUGUCAACUUGUACGGAUCUUCAGUAUGCAAUAUUGAGAUUACAAUAUUGAAAAAUAGCCACAUCCUAGUGAGUGCUACCCUUAUUUUUCUUGUGUUCUGUGUAGAAGUUAGCAAACUCUGACAAGAACUGUCUUUAUUUAUGCCUAGCUUUGCACAAAAAACUUUCAAAAGAAAUAACAGAUGCAUUGAUAAAAUAAUAAUGCAACAUGCUGAAUAAAAGUAGAACUGCAACAGAGAUUUCGACAGUUGUUGCUAUAUACAAAAGGUCACUCAUUCCUUUAGUAUAACAGGAAAAUUUUCAUUCUGGUUAUUUGAAAGAAAAUGGUUAAUGUGCGUAUGGAAGAAUCCCUUUUAUCCAAUCAAAGCAGCCAUUUCCUUAUAUAAAAGAAUGGACAAAUCACUGCAGUUACAGUUUGCUCUGGCACACAUCAUAGUUGUCAUGUGUCAUUAUUAUUAUCAUCUUCAUUUCCUCCUUAAAGUGCAUUUCAUUAUAUUUUAGCCCAACAGCUUCUCUGGGGAUUUUCAGGUAGGACUGUUGUCUGAGUAACUGCUGAACAAAAGUCUAGCAUUUGUGUGCGUUUGAUUACUGUUUGUUCUGCUUGACUCAUGUUCCAGAAUGGUAAUGGUUACAGCCCUGGUUCACUUGUGUUUUUCCCGAUUUUAAUUACUUACACUAAUACUGCUUAAAGACAUAUUUGAAAAAUAAUUUCUGUAAGGUUAUAAGAAGAAUAUUUCUCAGGAAGCUGAAGAAACUUGUGAAUGCUAUACAAUAUGUGGUUCAUACUUAGUUUUACACACAACAGUUUUCAUUAUGAGCAAAUUUGAAUUAGUAAAGUCUUCCGCUAGGAACUGCACAUAGAUUUAUAAAAGCUUUGUAAAGAUUGUGUGUAUAAGUUGAGCUGAUGCAAUAGGACGUGUAUCUUAAUUAAAAAUUAUAUUGCAAUUUAUUCAUAAAAGAGAAAGACAACAAUAAACAGGACACCCAGAUAAAAAGCAAAAAAGUUCCUAUCUCACUUCCUGUGCCCUUCAAGUUCUCAAGAGAAUUAUUUCAUAAAAUUUAUAUGCCACACCUCUAAUUUACAAAAAGACUAAAACUUAAAAUUGUUUUAAAAUACAAUUUGAAAGAUGUAUUUAAAAUGUUCAAAAGAUAAUUAAAAAUUACAGUAAGCUAAAGAGAUUGAAAUACAUGGAAGUGCUCUAUUUGUCUGGAUAGGCUUGCCUGAACAAAAAUGUUUUAAGCAGUUAUGAAAAGAGUACAAUGAAGAUUUCUGUCUGAUCCCAGUACACAGGGAGUUCCAAAAUGUAGGUGCUGCCACACUAAAAUAUUAAUCUAUUUUUUAAACAAUUUUUAUUGUUUUCAGAAUGAACAAACAACAUCUUCCUGCCUUCAAGAGUGCUACAUAUUGCCAAACAAAUACAAUACAAAUAAUAAAUAAAAACAUAUUCCCAUAAGUCCCUGUGAGAAGUUGGUGGUCUGUAUCCAUGUUUUUUUUGAAGUUCAUAUUAAAUAAAAUUGAACCAAGUUACAGAAAAUCUGACUUUUUGUUGGCUCUUUGCUCACGUUACUUGUCUAUCAGGUUUUUUCAUGAGAAUUAGCGUCCAGAACAAAUAUACCAAUAUUCGAUUAAGUUAGGAUCUACAGUUUUAUGAUCUAAAGAUCUCCAAACUUUAGCAAUGGUAUAAAAUAUAAAUUUCUUAUGUGUGCAGAAUGAAUAUAAUGUGGCACAUGUGACAGUGCAAGUUUAUGCUAGUUUAACACUUCAAGAGGAAUCAUGGUAUUAAUAAUAAGAAUGAUAGAAUUUAUAUGCCUCCAAUAACCGGAGGUCUCAGGGCAGUUCACAAAACAAAAUCAAAAUAUAAAAGCACAAAAGCACAAAAUAUAUAAUCAAAGUAAAAACAACCCAAUAACCCCCCCGCCCCCAACCCCCCCCCCCACAUUUUAAAAGGGCAUAGGAUGUGCCAGUUUAUCAUGGCUGAAUCAUGUUAUAAUCCUAAGAGGGGGUAGCAGGAGAUUCCAUUCAACCCCUCAGGUGGUCUUAGUAGUGUAAGAAAUAAAAUUAUAAAAUCUAGGGUUACCUUUAUUACAAACUCUUAAGCGCAGGGGAGAGCAGAAGAGUAACCAUUCUCCCCCAUAACUGGAGGGCGCCCUUUGCAUGCCCACGUCCACAUCCCCAAUCCUCAGAGACUCCUGGCAGAGCGCUCCUGGUCCACCUCCGCUCGUCACAGCCCUUUGAGGUUCCUGCCAAACCUCAGUUCAAAAUGAUCCAGUUGCGAAGGGCGGAGGCAGAGCCAAGAGAGAGCAAACCAAGAAGGAGUAGUCUUCACUCCAGUCCGCUCUUUGUGUACGUAAGUGGGCAAAGCUUAUUUGGGAGCUCUCAGUCGGCUCAAGAGCUUCACCCGCCCUACCCUCCCUUUGUUUAUACUCUUUAUUGCAGGUUCACUUCUUUACAGGUAUGCAGGCGCUGCUAUGGUCUUACGAUGGUGGCUGUUAAAGGACCCGGAAGGCAUUUUCCCUGCAUUGGCAGGUUUCGCCUUCCCCGUAGCAAAACGCCUCCCCCCCAAUUCCCAGAGUUCCCCGUUAAAGGGGUUGUGUUGUGGGGAGUCACUGGCCAUACACUGAUAAGCUGUCAGUGCACUCCCCCCGUGUUGUGGUGAAAUAGGGGGCGGCCUCACUGUGUAAACAUACGUCUUCCAGAGCCAGCCCACUCACCAGACAGAUAUGAUAACCCUGAUGUGCCUCAGAUCCCCGCCUGGGGACUAGGAGGGAUAAACACCCAAUGCCUAAGCCAAAGUCUUCCUACAUCUGAAAGUUUAAAUAAAGUUGUAGCCAAUUUUAAUCCCAUAACAUGUUGUUACAAGUCAUUCAUUCCACCCAGGUGGCUCCUGGGGUCGGGGAGGGGGUUCUGCCUGGGCACGCAAUGGGAUCUGCCCACAUAUUUCUGAGUGAUUUGCAGUGGAUCAACAAGGAUUCUGACUUGCAGUUGUUUAAAAUGGCAAUAAGGCUACCCCCCUUUCUAAAUUAGGCUGUUGAGAUAAAGAAAUGUGGGUGGGGGGAGGGGAUACUUUGUGUGUGACAGGAUUGUGAGCUCAGUUCUGGUAAUGCGUACAGAUUCCUGAGUUUAGUGUGUUCCUUAAUUCUGAGUAUGCUGCUCCACCUCCACGACUAAUUUGCACCUUCCUCUGGUUGGUGGAUCUUGGGGUUCUAGUAAAACAGAUCUCAUAAGCCUGAAGUCUGUUUGCCCCUGCCAUAAUUUAUCUUAUGGCAACUUCCAAUAUUUUUACAACAUUUAAAGCUCACCCAUAAGUAGAGUUGUAGAUAGUAAAUAUGUAGAUAUUUUACAAUUUCCAUUUUGUUCUCCUUGCACUGUUUUUCCAUGCAUCUAUGCAAAGACACUAAAAUAGUGGUUAGGACAAAAGGAAGUGGUGGAAAAGUGCUUUGAAAGGGUGGUUCACUUCUACAGUUAAAAUGUAGAAGAAACAAAUCUUCUGUAGAAAAGUCAUUUCCUCUCUUCAGAUCUUCCUUUUAGAUUGCAUAAGGAAUGCAAAAUAGCAUGCAGGUGUGUAGUGAUAAAAUGUGUCAAAUGAUUUUCUGGAAAGAUGAGUUGUUUGCAUAUCUGUCUUUGCAUGAUUGGAAUGGUAGUUGCAUGGUGGAUAUUGAAAAUGAAAACAAUUAUACUUCUGUGAAUUUUUUUGUAAAAACAGGAGAAGAAAUUCCACUGAUCCAUUAGGUGGAAAAGUAGUAUUAUUCUGGUGUACAUUGAGAGACCUUUUCAAAUUGCAACCUGUAAUACAGUAUUAAUUUCAGUCUUGAUUUAAGAGGUAGAAAUGUUGGAUUUGUCUAGUAUUGUCUGCAUUUUGUGUGUGUUUCUUGUGCUGAUCUGGACCAACCGUCAGUCUAUACUUUAGGUGCUUGUUAACAGAGUGCAAUAUUAUACAUGAUAAUAGUUCUGUGAUUGAACUACCUUUUUAGGUUUUUCAAAUAGCAGGGGAUCUAAUAUGGAUUGGUACCACUGUGUUGGGAAGCGUUUUUAAAAAUCAUUUUCCCUUGUAGCAUUUUCCCAAUGAAAAGUGCCCCACCCCAGCUGUUUUUUGCCCCAUUAAGGACAACCUUUUGUGUACAGUCUGUGUACAAGUAAGGUUUUCCUAACAGAGCAAAUAGCACUGGUGUCUUUUUUCUUUUUAAUUUUCACCAGGAAAUCAGCAUGGAUUGGAAUAAAUUUGAAACAAUGCUAAAAUCAAAUAAAUCAGGGUGUUUCUCAAAGAUCUAUUGAAUGAUUGUUAAAAAAAUAAGAACACAGUUAACAAUUGCAUGCUGAAAUAAAAUAAAUAUAUAAAUAGUGACAUCCAAGAGAGCUGUGGCAAUUUCUGUUUCAAAAGGGCUCCAAUUUCUCAGUUGCUGUGAUCUAUAAAGAAAACUAUUUUAAAAUGGCAACUCAAUGGUACUAGACUUUAUCAAAAAGUAAAAUGACCAGUAAAUCAAGAGAGGGAAAAUGCUGGAUUUGUCUGGAAUUAAUUUGAUUUCUACCAUAUGUGCUGGCAGUGUAAAAAAGCAAAGUCAUAUUGGUAAAUGGUGAUGGGAAUGCUUAGAGAAGUAUUUCAGAGACAAAUAGAAGCAGAUCCACUGCUGUACACAAGAACACAGAGUGUUGUGGAAUAUUAAAUACAAGUUUUACUUAUAGUGAUCAUUGAAAGGACAGUAUACUUAUACCAGAUCCCAACUAUAGUAGUGGGGUUUCUGCUGGCUGAGCCAACCUGAGCCUGGUAGAUGGGAAACAAGCCUUUAAAAUAUGGUUCAAGUAACACCACCCUUUUUUCUGGCUUAACACACUGGGUUAAAUGGCUGCUCUGUACAGAUUUAGGAGUGCAGCAGCCGUAAUCCUUACUUCAGAAGUCCAUGCUUGCUCAUUCCUGCUAAGCCAUGGUUUGGCUUAACGUUAGACGUGAACUGCGCCAGUGUGCAGGACUAAUGUAGAACAGUACCACACAUGCUGUGUGCUAAGAAAGGAAACAAUGAUGAAGUGGUAGACUACUUGUCCUAUUGUCUGCCAUCCGAAGAUAAUGUAAUUAGUCGGUAGGGUGUCAGGGUAAGUACCAGCAGCUGCCUCUUUCCAUGGCUGUAGUAAAGGUGUGCCUCAAAAGGGCAAGUAACCUUUUUGAUCAGAAGAAGUCAUGGCUUGUUGUUAAAAUACUUUGCACACUAUCCCAUGGCCCUUUGUGGAUCAUAGCAAGCCUUCAGCAAGGCCAAGUGUGACGGUUUCCUAGCAAGCAGAAGAUCUAUUAGAGAACAACUCUAAAAUAACUGGUGCCCUUUUCUUUUUUACUGGCAAUUUAUGGUUUUAACAAAAAUCUUACUAAAUGUCACUCAGUUUAAUACCUUUUAUUUUUUAUUUCAGGAAGAGCAUGCACUCAGCUGCAGCUUCUCAACCCUGAACGAUUUGCACGGCUCAUCAAAGAAGUUACGAAUUCUUUAUGGCCUGGUAAAGACAUUGUGGUACAAUGGUUUCCACUUUCUGAAGAUAAAAAGCACCCAUCUGUUUUGUGGCUUAAAAUGGUAUGGAAGAACCUGUAUAUACAUUUCUCUGAAGAUUUGUCAAUGUUUGAUGACAUGCCACUUAUCCCAAAAACAGUACUAGAUGGGGAUGAAGAAGUCAUGGAACUUAUUAGAUUAAGGACUCCAUCACCAAUUAUUCUAGAAGAUGGAUCUGAAACUCAGCUUCCAGAAUUUUUACCCGUCAUCAUUGAACAACUUGGUGGGAUUGUGCUUAAGAAACUAGACUCAUCUAUACAACAUCCACUUUUAAAAAAAUAUAUACAUGCCCCAUUGCCAAGUGUAGUUUUGCAAAUAGUGGAAAAACUUUCCAUACAGAAAUUGACCAAUAAGGUUGCAUCAUUCCCUGUAUCAUACAAAAAUGCCCUUAGAAACUUCCUUGCUAGUUUAACUGAUACUACGGAAAAAGAAAAAUUAAUAAUUAAUGAGCUAAUCAUAUUUAGGAGAAUUAAACAAUCACUUGAUGAAGAAAUUACUUUUACUGCAUUGAAAGGCUGUAAGGUACUGCAUCACACUGCCAAACUUCCACCUGAUAUAAAACUCUCUGUUUCACUAGUUGACAGCAGUGACGAAGCUACCAUUCGUUUAGUAAACAUACUAAAAGCAGACCAGCUAAAGAGCACAGAUUGCAUGAAGUUUAUUUUAAAAGAUAUUCAGAGUGACUUUUAUUGUAACGAUGAAGCAACAAAAGUUAUGCUAUGGAUUCUGGAAAAUCUAACUUUCCUAAAAAAUGAAAAUGCAGAAGUGCUGGAUUGGCUGAUGCCACUGAAAUUCAUUCAAAUUUCUGAAGGAAAAAUGGUGUCAGCUAGUGAACUUUUUGAUCCCGACGUAGAAGUACUACAAAAUAUGUUCUAUGGGGAGGAGGAACAUUGCUUUCCCCCUAAUGUUUUUAAAACAUCUGCUGAUACUCUUCAUUCUUUGAGAUUAAUAGGCCUAAAAAGUGAAAGCAACUUGGAAGAGAAAGACAUUUUGAGCAUAGCUCAAAAAAUUGAAAGCUUGAAGGACUGUGCUAGUACAAAUCAAGAUGCACUUAGAAGGAAAGCCAGAACUUUGUUAACGAUUUUGAACAAAAAUUAUCCAUUACUUCAUACACCUGAAACAAAAGCAAUGUUGAAAAAAAUCAAAUGGAUUCCAGCAUGCAAGGAAAGACCUCCAAAUUACCCAAGUUCCUUAAUUUGGAAAGGUGAUCAUUGCAAUUUGUGCUCUCCACCUGAAAUGUGUGACUUAUCUCAGGCCACCUUAGUAGGUUCCUCUGUUCCUCUUGUGGAAGGUGUCCGACCAAAUGUUGAAAAAGCACUGGGGAUCUCAAUCAAACCUAACAUAAAAUCAGUGUUAAAACAUUUCAAAGUAGUUGUAGACUGGCACAGUUCUAAAAAAUUUAGUGAUGAAGAUUAUUAUCAAUUUCAGCACAUUUUGCUUGAGAUUUAUGGCUUCAUGAAUGAUCACUUAGAUGAAGGAAAAGAAUCAUUUAAAGCCUUGAAAUUUCCCUGGGUCUGGACUGGUAAAACCUUUUGUUCGUUUUCUCAAGCAGUGAUAAAGUCAGCACAUGAUCUUGAUCUUCAGCCGUAUCUACAUAAUGUGCCAAAAACAAUGGCUAAAUUCCACCAGUUGUUCAAAUGCUGUGGGUCAAUUGAGCAGCUGACACCAGACCAUGUUUCCAUGGUCAUUCAGAAAAUAUACCUCAAAAGUGAACAAUCUCUUACAGAAGAAGAGAGCAAGCAAAAUCUUUCUAUUAUGUUGAAUAUUAUAAGGUGGCUGUACAGCUGUCAAAUUCCAGCUAGUUUAAAUACACCUGUUCCUGUAUAUUGUAGCAAAAAACCUUACAGGCUUACAAUGAAACCAAUCCAUGAAUGCUGCUACUGUGAUAUCAAGGUUGAAGACUUAAAUGAUUUGCUAGAUGAUGCGGUUGAGCCAAUAAUUUUGGUUCAUGAAGAUAUACCCAUGAAAACUGCAGAAUGGUUGAAUGUGCCAUGUCUUAGUACCAGGUUGAUAAAUCCAGAAAACAUGGGAUUUGAGCAGUCGGGUCAAAGGGAACCUCUCACUGUAAGAAUUAAAAACAUUUUGGAAGAAUACCCUUCUGUAUCCGAUAUCUUCAAAGAGCUGCUCCAAAAUGCAGAUGAUGCUAAUGCAACAGAGUGCAAUUUUUUGAUUGACAUGAGGAGAAAUAAUGACAUAAGAGAAAAUCUUUUGGAUCCAGGAAUGGCAGCUUGUCAUGGGCCAGCUCUCUGGUCUUUCAACAAUUCUGAAUUUUCUGACUCUGACUUUCUAAAUAUAACUCGAUUGGGUGAGUCUCUUAAAAGAGCAGAAGUUGACAAAGUUGGAAAAUUUGGCUUGGGGUUUAAUUCUGUGUACCAUAUCACGGAUAUUCCGAUCAUCAUGAGCAGAGAGUUUAUGAUUAUGUUUGAUCCCAACAUCAAUCAUCUCAGUAAACAUAUAAGGGACAAGUCUAAUCCUGGGAUCAAGAUUAAUUGGAGUAAGCAACAGAAAAGACUUAGAAAGUUUCCUAAUCAGUUCAAGCCAUUUAUUGGUGUGUUUGGUUGUCAGCUCCCGUUGACGGUGGAGGCUCCUUACAGUUACAAAGGGACACUCUUCAGGCUUUCUUUUAGAACACAACAGGAGGCUAAAGUGAGUGAAGUCAGCAGUACUUGCUACAAUACUGCAGACAUCUAUUCUCUCGUGGAUGAGUUUAGCAUUUGUGGACAUAGACUGAUAAUUUUUACUCAGUGUGUAAACUCCAUGGUUUUGAAGUAUUUGAAGUCCGAGGAAACCAACCCUGGUGUAGCUCAAGAGACUGUGACUAUUAAAAAAAAUCUGUGUUUGUCCAAAGCAAUAACUUCCCCUGUUACAAGUGUUCUCAAGGAAGCUGCCAAACUCAUGAAAACUUGCAACAGUAGCACAAAAAAGCUUCCUACUGAAUCACCCAAGUCAUCGUGCAUAUUACAGAUAACAGUGGAAGAAUUUCAUCAUGUGUUCAGGCGGAUUGCUGACUUGCAUUCUCCAGUUUUUAGAGGCCCAGAAGAUGACACAGUUUCUUUCUUUGAAAUGGCUAAAUCUGGACAGACAAAAAGGCCUGCUGAUGAACUGCCACAAAAAACAGUAGACUCUACAACAUGGCUUAUAUGUUCUUGCAUGGAUACUGGGGAGGCCUUAAAAUUCUCAUUACAGGAAAGUGGAAGAAGGCUAGGACUUGUCCCAUGUGGAUCAGUUGGGGUUAUGCUAUCUGAAGCACAGGAUCACAAAUGGACUGUGAAACCCAAUUGUAGCAACUUAGGAGAAGUGUUCUGCUAUUUACCUCUUCGAAUCAAAACAGGUCUGCCUGUUCACAUUAAUGGCUCUUUUGCUGUUACAUCAAACAGAAAAGAGAUAUGGAAAACUGACACAAAAGGAAGGUGGAACACAGUAUUUAUGCGGCAUGUUAUAGUAAAAGCUUACUUAGAAGCUCUUGUGGUUCUACGCAACAUGGUAGUUUGUGGGGAGCUAAAUGACUACAAUUACUAUGCAGUAUGGCCUGAUCCUGACUUAGUGCAUGAUGAUUUUUCGGUCAUAUGUCAGGGGUUUUAUGAAGAAAUAGCUCACACAAAAGGCAAAGAAGGGAUCAGAGUGUUCUCUGAUGGUUCAUCUUGGGUGUCUAUGAAGAAUGUGAGAUUCUUAGAUGAUUCACUCUUGAAACGUCCAGACAUAGGACCUGCAGCUUUUAAUAUUUUUCUAAAGUACCUUAAAAAAACUGGCUCAAAAAAUCUCUGUGCUGUAGACCUUCCAUCUUGGGUCAAAGCAGGCUUUGAAGAAGCAGGGUGUAAACAGGUGUUACUAGAUAAUACUUUUUCAGAGAGGCAAUUCUUUUCUGAAGUCUUUUUCCCAAAUAUCCAAGAGAUUGAGGCAGAGCUUCGUGAUCCUUUAAUGCACUAUGUUCUGAGUGAAAAGGUUAGCGAGUUCUCAGAAAUUCUCUGUGUUACACCGUGUAUUCCCUGUUCUUUGACUGAGCACCCUCUGGUGGAACCUUCAAGACUGAUCCAUCCUGAAGGUCGGGUUGCAAAGUUGUACGAUAAAGAAGAUGGAAGAUUUCCCUAUGGCACCAGUCAAGAUUACCUUAAUCCCGUGAUUUUGGUCAAAUUAGUUCAGCUAGGUAUGGCUAAAGACGAUAUUUGUUGGGAAGACUUGGUUGAACGUGCCGAAUCUGUAGCAGAAAUCAACAAGACUGAUCAUGCUUCAGCUUGUCUCAGAAGCAGUAUUCUGUUAAGUCUCAUAGAUGAAAAAAUUAAAUGCAGAGAUCCUAGAGCUAAAGAAUUUGCUGCAAAGUUCCAAACAAUACCAUUUCUGCCAUUUCUCACAAAACCAGCAGGCUUCUCUUUGCACUGGAAGGGUACUGAUUUUGGCCCUGAGACAAUGUUUUCAGCGAUGGACCUUUUCACUGCUGAUUAUCAAGAUAUAGUUUGUCUGUUAAAACCAAUCCUGAAUGAAAAUUCCCAUUCCUUUAAAGGUUGUGGGAACAUUUCUCUGGCAGUCAAAGAUUUUUUAGGCUUGCUUAAGAAACCAACUGUUACUAUGGUUAUAAACCAGCUGAAAGAAGUUGCAAAGUCCUUUGAUGGAAUUACCUUGUACCAAGAAAACAUCACCAAUGCUUGCUAUAAAUAUCUCCAUGAUGCCCUGCUACAAAAUGGAGCAACAAAAGCAAUCAUAAUUGAAGAGCUGAAAAACUGCAGUUUCAUUCUUGUUGAAAAUGGCUAUGUUGACCCCACAAAGGUGUCUUUUCAUCUUAACUUUGAGGCAGCGCCAUAUCUCCAUCAACUGGCUAAUAAAUACAGAAACAGCUUUCGUGAGCUAUUUGAAAGCGUAGGCGUGCGUCAUGCUUUUACAGUAGAAGAUUUUGCUCUGGUUCUUGAGUUAAUUAAUGAGGAAAGAGGAACUAAACCACUGACUGAAGAAAAUUUCCAGCUUUCUAGAAGAAUCAUCAGUGAAGGAAUAUGGGGCCUCAUUAGAGAAAAGAAGCAAGAAUUUUGUGAAAAACAGUAUGGCGAGAUAUUGUUACCGGAUACUCAUCUUGCCCUUCUACAUGCUAAUACUUUGUGUUACAAUGACUGCCCUUGGAUCAAAGUGAAAGAUACAACUGUAAAGUACUGUCAUGCCGACAUCCCUAGAGAAGUAGCAGUAAAGCUUGGAGCAGUACCCAAGCGACAUAAAGCCUUAGAAAGGUAUGCAUCAAACAUUUGUUUUACUACCCUUGGGACUGAAUUUGGGCAGAAAGAAAAACUGACAAGCAGAAUUAAAAGUAUUCUUAAUGCAUAUCCAUCAGAAAAAGAAAUGCUGAAAGAGCUCCUUCAGAAUGCGGAUGAUGCAAAAGCUACAGAAGUUUGCUUUGUGUUUGAUCCUAGACAACAUCCAGUUGAUAGAAUAUUUGAUGAAAAAUGGUCUCCACUUCAAGGGCCUGCACUGUGCGUCUUCAACAAUCAGCCUUUUACUGAAGAUGACAUUAGAGGAAUUCAGAAUCUUGGAAAAGGCACUAAAGAAGGCAAUCCAUGUAAAACUGGCCAGUAUGGUAUAGGCUUCAAUUCCGUGUAUCACAUAACUGACUGUCCUUCUUUCAUUUCUGGUAAUGAUAUUCUUUGUAUCUUUGAUCCUCAUGCCAGAUAUGCACCAGGUGCAACAUCAAUUAGUCCAGGACGCAUGUUCAGGGACCUGGAUGCUGAUUUCAGAACACAGUUCUCAGAUGUCUUGGAUCUCUAUUUAGGAGAUCACUUUAAACUAGAAAACUGCACAAUGUUUAGAUUUCCACUUCGCAAUACAGAAAUGGCAAAAACGUCCGAAAUCUCCCCAGUGCCAUGCUCAGACAGAAUGGUGCAAAAUCUUCUAGAUAAGCUGCGUACAGAUGGAGCAGAACUCUUGAUGUUUUUGAACCACAUGGAAAAAAUUUCUAUUUGUGAAAUAGAGAAAACAACAGGAGCACUUAAUGUGUUAUAUUCUGUAACAGGAAAAGUAACUGAUGGCGAUAGACUGAAACGAAAGCAAUUCCAUGCUUCUGUAAUUGACAGUGUCACUAAGAAGAAAGAGCUUAGCAAGAUACCUGUGCAACAAAUCACUUACACUAUGGAUACUGAAGACUCUGAAGGUAACCUCACAGCCUGGUUAAUUUGCAACAGGUCAGGUUUUUCCAACAUUGAAAAGGUAUCCAAGAGUGUUGUAUCAGCUCAUAAGAAUGAGGACAUUACUCUCUUCCCCCGAGGGGGAGUUGCUGCAUGUAUUACUCACAACUACAAAAAACCUCAUAGGGCAUUUUGUUUCUUACCCCUGUCCUUAGAAACUGGGUUACCAUUUCAUGUGAAUGGACACUUUGCCCUGGAUUCUGCCAGGCGAAAUCUGUGGCGUGAUGAUAACGGAGUUGGAGUACGAAGUGACUGGAAUAAUAGUUUAAUGACAGCAUUGAUUGCACCGGCCUAUGUAGAACUUUUGAUUCAGCUGAAAAAACGUUACUUUCAAGGUACCGAUCCAACAGUGUCUGUGCUACACAACACAUCUAUGCAUACAGUGAAAGACACUUUGAAAAAGUUUCUGUCCUUCUUCCCCGUUAACAGACUUGACCUGCAGCCUGAUUGGUAUUGCUUAGUGAAAGCAGUUUACAGCUGCAUUCAUGAGGAAUCCAAACGUCUCCUACCUGUUGUGCGAGCUCCAAAUGUCGAUGGCUCUGAUUUGCAUUCUGCAAUUAUCAUUACAUGGGUUAAUAUGUCUACCUCAAACAAAGCUAGGCCAUUCUUUGACAAUUUGUUACAAGAUGAGUUGCAACACCUCAAAAAUGUAGAGUACAACAUUACAACACGCAAAACAGUAGCAGAAAAUGUGUAUAGACUCAAACAUCUCCUCUUAGAAAUUGGCUUCAACUUGAUCUAUAGCUGUGAUGAAACUGCAAAUCUUUAUCACUGUCUUGUGGAUGCAGAUAUUCCAGUGAGCUAUGUGACUUCAGCUGAUGUCCGAUCAUUUUUGAUGACAUUUUCCUCUCCGGAUUCUAAUUGCCACAUUGGAAAGCUGCCUUGUCGACUUCAGCAGACAAAUUUAAAGCUUUUCCACAGUUUAAAACUUCUUGUUGACUACUGUUUUAAAGACACAGAAGAAAAUGAAAUCCUCAUUGAAGGAUUGCCUCUGCUCAUUACACUUGAUAGUGUACUGCAAAUUUUUGAUUCAAAGCGUCCAAAAUUCUUAACUACCUAUCAUGAACUGAUUCCGUCUCGUAAAGAUCUGUUUAUGAACACACUGUACUUGCGGUACAGCAAUAUUUUACUGAAAUGCAAUGUAGCAAAAGUCUUUGAUAUUACCAGCUUUGCUGAUUUGUUGCCUUCUGUCUUGCCAAGAGAAUACAAAACCAGAGGUUGUGUGAGAUGGAAGGAGAAUUUUGCAAGUGAAUCAUGGCUGAAGAACACGUGGCAUUUUAUUGGUGAAUCUGUAAAUGUGAAAGAUGACCAGGAAGAUGCAAAACCAACAUUUGAUGCUGUUGUUGAUACUUUGAAGGACUGGGCAUUGCUUCCAGGUACAAAAUUUACCGUAUCCUCUAAUCAGCUUGUUGUACCAGAUUGCGAUGUCCUGCUUCCGCUCAGUCUCAUGCAUAUAGCUCUGUUCCCAAAUUCUCAGACUGAUAAAGUUUUUCAUGCUUUGAUGAAAACUGGUUGUAUUCAACUUGCUUUGAACAAAAUUUGCUCCAAGGACAAUGCUCUAGUGCCCCUUUUGUCAGGACACACAGCAAAUAUAGACAACCCUUCAAGCAUUUUAAAAGCCAUACAUUACAUGGUUCAGACAUCAACAUUUAAGACUGAAAAAUUAGCCGAGAAUGAUUUUGAGGCCCUCCUGAUGUACUUCAACUGCAACCUAAGUCAUUUGACAUCUGAGGACGACAUUAAAAUUUUGAGGUUGCUUCCGUGCUACAAAUCUAUCAGUGGACGAUACAUCAGCAUUUCAAAAUGUGGAGCAUGUUAUGUACUCACAAGAACUAUCCCCUCUGUUGAAGUGGAUAGAUGGACACAGUCAUCUUCAGCUGCCUUUCUGGAAGAGAAAAUCCAUUUAAAAGACCUGUACACUGUACUUGGGUGUGUUCCAGUAGAUGACCUUGAAGUUUAUUUGAAGCAUCUUUUACCAAAGAUUGAAAGUCUGUCUUAUGAUGCAAAACUAGAACAUCUGAUUUACUUAAAGAACAGGCUCUCUAGCAUUGAAGAAUCUUUAGAAAUAAAGGAACAGCUGUUUGAGAAGCUAGAGAGCUUUUUGAUAAUUCAUGAUGCGUGCAAUAGAUUAAAACCUGCAAAACAUUUUUAUGAUAGGACCGUAAGAGUUUUUGAAGUUAUGCUUCCCGAAAAGCUGUUUAUACCCCAAGACUUCUUUAAGAAACUGGAGCAGCUCACAAAACCAAAAAACCGUGCUGCAUUCCUUGCAUCAUGGGUAGCAUUUCUCCGAAAUAUGGGACUAAAAUAUGUAAUUUCCCAGCAGCAGUUACUGCAGUUUGCUAAAGAGAUCAGUAUGAGAGCCAACACUGAAAACUGGACUAAGGAUACACUGCAGAAUACAGUGGAUGUCCUCCUUCAUCACAUAUUUCAAGAAAGAACUGAUUUGCUAUCUGGAAACUUCCUUAAAGAAUUGUCUUUAAUAGCAUUCUUGUGUCCAGAACGUGCUCCGGCAGAAAUUGUAAGAUUCCAUCCACAGUAUCAAGAGGUUAAUGGAACACUCCCUCUUAUAAAGUUCAGUGGAGCCCAAGUAAACCCAAAAUUCAAACAGAGUGAUGUUUUGCAGCUCCUUUGGACAUCGUGUCCUAUCCUUCCAGAAAAAGCUACGCCUUUAAGUAUCAAAGAACAAGAAGGAAGCAGUCUUGGUCCACAGGAACAACUUGAGCAGGUUUUGACUAUGCUUAAUGUGAACUUGGACCCACCUCUAGACAAAGUUAUAAAUAACUGCAGAAAUAUAUGUAAUAUAACAACUUUGGAUGAAGAUAUGGUAAAAACAAGGGUUAAAGUCCUAAGGAGCAUCUAUGAAUUUCUUAGUACAGACAAAAGAGAAUUCCGGUUUCAGCUUCGAGGGGUUGCUUUUGUGAUGGUUGAAGAAGGUUGGAAGCUGCUGAAGCCUGAGGAAGUCGUAAUAAAUCUUGAGUAUGAAUCUGACUUCAAACCUUACUUGUACAAACUUCCAUUAGAACUUGGCACCUUCCACCAACUAUUUAAACACCUAGGCACUGAAGAUGUUAUUUCAACAAAGCAGUAUGUUGAGGUUCUGAGUCGCAUCUUCAAGAACUCUGAAGGAAAACAGCUUGAUCCUAAUGAAAUGCGUACUGUUAAACGAGUUGUUUCUGGCCUGUUUAAAAGCCUUCAAAAUGAUUCUGUGAAGGUUAGAAAUGACCUUGAAAAUGUGCGAGAUCUGGCUCUUUAUCUUCCAAGCCAAGAUGGUAGAUUGGUAAAAUCAAGCAUCUUAGUUUUUGAUGAUGCCCCACAUUACAAAAGCAGAAUACAAGGAAACAUUGGUGUUCAAAUGCUUGUUGAUCUUAGCCAGUGUUACUUAGGAAAAGACCAUGGUUUUCACACCAAACUGAUAAUGCUGUUUCCUCAGAAGCUGCGACCCCGUCUCCUCAGCAGUAUCCUUGAGGAGCAGUUGGAUGAAGAGUCACCAAAAAUUUGUCAGUUUGGAGCACUUUGUUCUCUCCAAGGCAGGCUCCAGUUACUGCUGUCUUCUGAACAGUUCAUCACGGGACUAAUUAGAAUUAUGAAACACGAAAAUGACAAUGCAUUCUUAGCCAAUGAAGAGAAAGCCAUAAAACUUUGCAAAACCUUGAGAGAAGGCUUGAAAGUUUCUUGUUUUGAGAAGUUGCAAACAACACUGAGAGUUAAAGGUUUUGCUCCUAUUCCUCACAGCAGAAGUGAAACAUUCGCCUUUUUAAAGAGAUAUGGAAAUGCAGUAAUAUUGCUCUAUAUACAGCACUCAGAUAGCAAAGACAUCAAUUUCCUUCUAGCAUUAGCAAUGACCCUGAAAUCUGCAACUGAUAAUCUGAUUUCUGAUACAUCCUAUUUGAUUGCUAUGUUGGGUUGCAAUGAUAUUUAUAGAAUUAGUGAGAAGCUUGACAGUUUAGGUGUGAAGUAUGACUCUUCAGAACCAUCAAAGCUUGAACUACCUAUGCCUGGCACUCCUAUACCAACUGAAAUCCACUAUACUCUUCUUAUGGAUCCAAUGAAUGUUUUCUAUCCUGGUGAAUACGUUGGCUAUCUUGUUGAUGCUGAAGGUGGUGAUAUCUAUGGGUCGUACCAUCCAACCUAUACAUAUGCUAUCAUUGUGCAAGAAGUAGAAAGGGAAGAUGAUGAAAAUUCCAGUUUCCUGGGCAAGAUUUAUCAGAUUGACAUUGGAUACAGCGAGUACAAGAUAGUGAGCUCUCUUGAUUUGUACAAAUUCUCAAGGCCUGAUGAAAGUUCUCAGAGCAGGGGCAGUGCACCAUCUACUCCAACAAGUCCCACAGAAUUUCUACCGCAUGGACCAAGAACAAUUCCUCCUCAUUUUCCUGGAAGAGAGAGUCACAAAUCCUCCUCCUCCUCCUCCUCUUCAUCUAAACAUCAUUCUCCCAAAAAGGCUAAAGCAAAUUCUUUAUCAGAGAUUUUGAGGGAAGUUACAUCUGUGAUGGAACAAGCUUGGAAGCUUCCAGAAUCUGAAAGGAAAAAGAUCAUAAGAAGGCUGUAUCUUAAGUGGCAUCCAGACAAAAAUGCAGAGAACCUUGAUAUUGCCAAUGAAGUUUUCAAGCAUUUACAAAAUGAGAUCAACAGAUUAGAAAAGCAGGCUUUUAUUGACCAGAAUGCAGAUAGGGCAUCCAGAAGAACAUUUUCAUCAUCAGCUUCUCGAUUUCAAUCAGACAAAUUUUCAUUUCAAAGGUUUUAUACUUCAUGGAACCAGGAAGCAACAAGUCACAAAUCUGAAAGACAACAGUCUAAAGAGAAAUGUCCAUCUUCUACAGGUCCUUCAUAUUCCCAGCGGUUUUUUAUGCCACCUACAUUCAAGUCAGUUGGAAAUCCCGUUGAGGCCCGUAGGUGGUUACGGCAAGCUAGAGCAAACUUUUCAGCAGCAAGAAAUGACCUUCAUAAAAAUGCCAACGAAUGGGUUUGUUUUAAAUGUUACUUGUCUACCAAGCUUGCUUUGAUUGCUGCCGAUUAUGCCGUAAGGGGCAAGUCUGAUAAAGAUGUGAAACCCACUGCACUGGCACAAAAGAUUGAGGAAUAUAGCCAACAGCUUGAAGGCCUUACAAAUGAUGUCCACACACUGGAAGCAUAUGGAGUCGAUAGCUUAAAAACUCGCUAUCCAGACCUCCUUCCUUUUCCGCAGAUUCCAAAUGACAGGUUCACUUCUGAAGUUGCUAUGAGAGUGAUGGAGUGUACAGCAUGCAUUAUAAUAAAACUUGAAAAUUUUAUACAGCAAAAGGUAUGA